CACUGGAGGAGCAGAGAGGCUGAGACCAAUCCAGAGACCAACAGCUCCCACGCUGAAGCUUGACUCCUCUCGCUGCAACAUGAAGGUCUCCGCUGCCCUCCUGUGCCUGCUGCUCACAGUAGCUGCCUUCAGCACCGAGGUGCUCGCCCAGCCAGAUGCAAUUAACUCCCAAGUCACCUGCUGCUAUACAUUCACCAAUAAGAAGAUUCCCAACCAGAGGCUGACGAGCUACAGAAGAGCCACCAGCAGCAAGUGUCCCAAAGAAGCUGUGAUUUUCAAGACCAUCCUGGGCAAGGAGAUAUGUGCAGACCCCAAGCAGAAAUGGGUCCAGGACUCCAUAAACCAUCUCAACAAGAAAAACCAAACUCCGAAGCUUUGAACACUCAUUCCACAACCCAAGAAUCUGAAGACAAUUUGUGUUCUGGCUUUCCCUAACUGCCCUCUGAUAUUACCUUAUUAUAAUUUUAAAGAGUAUGAACUUUAUUGAUAUGAAACAUGAUGCCUUAAGUAAUGUUAAUCUUAUUUAAGUUAUUGAUGCUUUAAGUUUAUCUUCCAUGACUACUAGUGUUUUUUUGUUUUUGUUUUCUUUUUGGUUGUUUGUUUGUUUUUAUGGAGAUUUGAGCAAAUUUCUUUCCUCUGUGAAUCUCAAUUCUACCCCUGGGAUGGUGGAAGAGUCCUCACAAGAAUGAUUAAUGCAAGAACUUUUGGUUUUACAUUCUAAGUCAUUGCUAAAACUGCUAUUGUGGAAAUAUAUAUUAUGUAACUAUUGAAAAAAUACACAUAUAUAUUUUUGUACAAAA